GGACAAUGACCUCCAGAAGCUGCAGGUGCGGGCAAGCGUGGGUGGCCUCGCUGCUGUCACCUUCCACGUCACCUACGAGGAACUGCUACACCGUGUUAAUGGUUCAUACAAGUACAUGGUGCACCUCAAUCCGGGACAGCGAGUACCGAGAGCCUCAGUAAGAGUGCGAGUGCCUGGAACGCGAGGCCAUCACCAACCUACAAGAUUCUAGAGCUGCCCGGCCAGGAAAUGCAGGCGCAAAACCCAGGCACGAGUGUGACGGGCGGACCAGUGAGUGACGGAGAACUUAAGUUUUACUAUCGCCACAUAGACCCUCCCGUGGGUGAGGGAGGAGGUGUGGACGGUACCUUCGUCCUCACCUAUGGCAUCACCAGCCACACUGACGGAGGUGAAGUGCAGCGAGUUGGCAGUUACUUCGCCCACUUCUUCUCCCCGGAACGUCUGCCCAAGAUGACAACCCACAGCGUCUUCCUGCUUGAUGUCUCACUUUCCAUGUACAACGGGAAGCUCGACAGCAUGAAGGAGGCCAUGCAGACCAUAUUGAGGGACAUGCAGCCGGAGGACACGUAUGAGAUCCUGGCGUUCUCCUCUGAAGUGGUGAGCGUGGGUACCUUCUCAGGGGAGGCGGAGGAGGUGAAGAGAGCCAUCAGGAGGGUGCGGCGUCUUGUCUCCCUCGGGUACUCCAACCUGAACUCUGCUCUGCUGCAGGCACUGAAGGCAGUCAAGGCCGGGGGCGCCGAGAAUGUGGUGAAGCAGAUGAUUGUGUUUAGUGACGGUCAUGCCACCAGCGGCGAGGUGAACCCUGCCGCUAUCAAGAGCAACGUGAAGAAAGCCAACACACAGAAGCAUCCGAUCUUCGUGCUCAUCUUCAGCGAAAAGUCCAAACUCCUGGAGGACAUUAGCGUGGACAGCGGGGGUUUGGUUCGAUACCUGCAGUACGGGUCAGCCACCGUCGACCAGAUAACGGCUUUCUAUAAGGAGAUCUCCCAGCCCCUCAUGGCCGACGUGGCGAUCAGCUAUCCCGACGAGGAGGUGGAGGAGGGCAACGUGGUGAAGUCUGGCAUGUCCAACUACUACGCAGGGGGAGAGAUCGUGGUGGCAGGCAGACUCAGGCCCGGAGUGACUCGCGUGCGUCCCUCAGUGAGAGCUCGAGGGCGCGAUGGUCCCCACCAGUUGCCGGCCACCCGCCUCGAUUCACGCGACCCCUUCUACGCCUCGCUCAGCGAAAACUACAUCGCCAGGAUGUGGGCGUAUCUCAUGCUGCAGGAGCUGUUAGCCCAGGCAGCCUCCCCUCACAAUGCAAAGAACGCCACCCAGCACCUCCAGACCAAGGCACUUGAGAUUGCCACAAAGUUCAGCUUCGUAAGUCCGCUGACAUCCCUGGUGGUGGUGUACCCGCAAGACAGCAGUCUCCUGCUCUCCCUGCCCGGGGGUCCACAGAGUCCGUUGGGGAAUGCCCAACCUGGGCACGUGGCUGUGCCCGGAAGCCCUCGACUUGGAAGGAGCAACGCAAGAGUGGACCUGGACCCUCAGUUCCUGGUGCACACCCCAGGACUUGACCUGCCGCUCUGCUUCAACUACGAGGGGCGUGCUGGCGUUAGUGUACUCCUGCUACACGACCCUCAGUCAGGAAUUGUCAUCAACGGGCACGUGGCGUCAGUACGGCAGCGGCCCAAUCUAAAGUUCUUCAGCCGCCUCUUCCUGCGCCUGGGUCCCGUGAAUCUGACGGUGACGCCCGAGUUGCUCCACGUGGACUGUCUUGGCGACGACGGCACGCCCCAGGUGGACACUGUGGUCAAGUCCCUGUGGCCAUUCUACAAACAGAACGGAAGAAAGUACAAGCGCCACACGUACAACAGAGGCAAGACGACGAAGAGAUCACACCAGCGAGGAAGAACUCCCCCUAACGCUCUUCAGAACAACGAAGUCACUGCUCCAGACCCUCGCCCUCGCGAACAAUACGCGUACCUCUCCCCCAACUUCAAUAAGUCUAAUGCAGUUCAGGGGAGUCCAGGAGUGUCCCCACUGAGCCUUUUGGUCGACAGAGUGCAUGACUGUAGCGUGAACUCAAGCUGGGAAGAAGGAAUAGGCAGAAUUUAUGGCAACGUGAUGGUAGUGCUGAGCAAGAAGAGGAGCUUGGACAUCACAAUUGGGGACGGCCUCGCUCACUUCACCAUCAGGCGAUCCAGGAACAAACGCGGCCAGAGGUUCCUGGGCUUCUACAUCAUGGAUCAGGAAAUCUUCUCCCCUCAGACACAUGGAAUGAUGGGCCAGUUCAUCUCCAAGAGGGUGCGCCGCCUGGCAUCCAGCAGGCCAAGCACUCUCCAGACCCGCGCCGCCACUGGAACCGCCUCUGAGACUCCCGAAAAGGUGACGCUGGAGGUGGCGCGCCGUGGCCACAGGAAGAAGUUGCGGGUAUCUGGCGUGGUGGGCAGCCGGUACUCCCUCAUGGACAGGACGCGGGUGCGGUGCAUCCGAGUCCACACCAAGGGCUCCGAGAGUGUGCUGGAUGAGCGGCCGCGGGAUUACGUGCGUUCGUGCCUCCAGUGCUGAGAGAGGAAGGUGCCUCUGUGAUGGAGGUGAUGCGUGCUGACUGAGUCCUGAGGGUGUGGUUGGUAAAGCAGCGUGCUUGUUGUGCUGACGCCGCAAAGAAUAAUUGCUCCUUGAAUCAUAAGCCUACAAAACAUGAUUUAUAUUAUUAGCUCAUUGUCUUCAGUGGUAUGUGUCAUCUUAAGUAUGCAUUUAGUUCCGCAUUGAAUGUGAACGCACGAUGUAUUGACUCAUUAGGGAAGGACCAAGUUUUAUCUGAUGGCAUGUUGCCGCCGAGGUCUAUAGCCUUCCUGUGUUAAGCUGGAAGUGACAUGGAGUUGACCUGCGAGUAUUUCAUGCACGUAUUAGAUAUUAGCUCAUUGUGGUGUGCCACUGUUCCCAAUAAGAAGUGUUCAUGUGUAAAGCAGUUUAGCCAGUGCCACUAUUGGUAUUAGGUUUAUCGAAAGUAUUAGUUAGCAGGAACGGCCUGUGCGUGGGUGCCUCGCUGCUCCACUCGCAGUGAUCCUCGCCCCAGGUGUCAUGCAGCGUUCCUCGAAAGCAAAGAGAAAGGGAAAUUCCUUCGAAAGCGUUUGCUGUGACAGCUGCUGAGUGGGUUAAGUUUAUUGGCUUUUUUUUUUUUUUUUACACCUUGGAGAACACUUGACAUAUCCUAAUUAGUGAUGAUAGGAUGCAAUUUUUUUUUUUUUUUUCUUACUGCGCCUCUGUGCUAUUUUAGGACGAAAGCUGCAUCAGGCGAAGUAAGACCAGAUGUGGUCUCCUGGGUCAAGACGAAGGGAGACUUGAAGCAGAUUCCAACAUAAAUCAGCCAUUGUGGCAGAGUCAUAGAAAAUGUAAUGAUAAGUUGUACGUGAAUCUACGAGUGGUGCACAGAAAAUUGUUUGUAGCUCUUCUUUUUUUCAGGGGAUUGGAAACUUCCUUCCUCUGCCAUUUUUGCAGGAAUCAAAAUCGGAUCUACAUGGUGAGGUAAUCACACUCUUUACGCCCCUCGCCUGGCUAAGCACCAGCCGUGGCAGGGGUGUAAUGAACCAACGAAGGACGUAGACGUGAAUCUCAGAACCUUGUUUUUUCCCUGUGUAUGGCGUGCCUAGAUAGUGUGGCUGAAUACGGCAUGAAUGGAUGGAUUGAUUGAUGGUUGGUUGGACGUACUAAAACCAUCUACAGUAACACGUACCUGGUUACAUUAGUCUAAGAAUUGAUCGCCAGCAGUGUGUGAUGGCGAACAGUGGACAAUACGAGUAUGAUGGUCGACAAAUAUCACGAGUUUACUACUCAGAACACUACACUAGAAAGCAAAUAUAAACCUAACUGCUUAUACUUUAAAGAAAUACGACGAUAAUAAGUACAUGAAUGAGAGCACCGAUGUUUGUAUAUGGAUGAACACAAAAUUAAUGUUUGAGUGGAUGUGUGUUAAGUGAUGCAGUGUCAUAGAGACUGUGUUCAAAGGUAUUCUGCUGUGUUUGGUGUUCAUGGCCUAAGAUAGAAUUAAACAGUCUGUUGUCUCCCCGAGUUAACAUUAAUAUAUUUGUGUGACUUUGUGUUGUAUAUAAUGUAAUUUUCUUGUAAGACAUUUAGUAUUUUUAAGUUUGCACGGUUAUCAUUAUAAGUACUUUAACAAAAUGCUAAGUGUAUAUACUUUUUAUUACGUGUCAGGGAGACCGGCCAAGGGCACAAAAAAUUAAUAUUAAAUAUAAAAUGCCUGCUCACAACGCCGCUCCCAGAAAGAACCAGAAGGAGAACCGAGAGAGUUGGCCAAUUUAGUUUCAUUAGUUACGUUUACACACAUUUCAUUUUUCCUUUCCGUAAAAAUGCCAUCUCAUGUGAUGGUAUUAUUGUUCCUGACGCUACACAGUGUUACCAAGUUCAGUACAGUCCUGCAUUCUCAUAGGUCUCGAUGUCUCUUCUCGACUGCUUUUAACUGGCCUGAGUGAAAGUUAGUAUGCAGGGUUUUCAAGGAUGUUUUCAUGAUUCUAGUGACAGUUCAAAAAUAUAUAUAUAAAAUUAAAAACUCUGCAAUAGCUAUGAGAAAAUACCCAUGAAAACCUGACUAACAUUCUCUGUGGGCUUUGAAAAUGGUCUGUAUGACGGAAGUGUUUCGAAAUAUGGGUCAUGUAUUGUCAGCGCUGCGGUGGAGUGUUGCUUCACCUCUGUUGUUCAAGUAUGCAGUGUAGGUGUUCUAAUUUCGUAGUGUUUAAGCAAGUUAGUCUGAAGUGUCAUUGUUUCCUAAGAAAUCUCAAAACGUCAAGCUUUCUUUUGUCUAUACUUUUGCUCACAUGCUCAUAUUUCAUUUACAGAAUAAAACAAAUUAUUCUC